GUCGCCCUUAUAUAACAGUCGGCUGCUCACAGACGAAAGCGUAGAAGCAGAGAACGUAAAUAUUGUAUUUGCGUUCUCUGGUAGAAGCAUCGAGCAGAGAAUGUUGUGUUUACAUUCUCUGCAUCGAGUUGUUCGCUAUCGAAGCAGAGAAUGUAAAUAGAACUAUUUACGUUCUCUGAACCUUCUCGAUGUAUUUACGUUCUCUAAUUGAACCUUCUCGUUGUAUUUACGUUCUCUGUAUACGUUCUUAGGUCUUGGGGGAAUUAAACCAAAGAUCGUUCUUUGUUCAUAUACGUUCUUUGAUUAAAAAACUGACAUUUUUAUAUUCAUUUGUCAGAGUUUUAUUUACGUUCUCGAUACUUCUGGCAACACUGCCCGGUUUUGCGAUUUUCCAAAAUUCUGCCGGCUAAAAGCAAAAAAGCGCAAAAAUAGAAACAGAAUGUAGAAUAACUGCAGAAAAUAAAACGGAAGGCGAUAAUUUGACAAAAAUAUAUAUUUUGAUUAACAUUAACUAAAAAGAAGAAAUCUUAGUGAAAUUGGAUAAAUUGUAACAAAGUAUAUUCGUAAACAAAACAAUUUAUUUGAAUUAAUGAAACUUUUGAAGCCUAGCUGGGUACAUCAUGACGACAAGCCAAUCUUCUCGGUUGACGUGCAUCAAGAAUGUCUUAAAUUUGCAACCGGUGGGCAAGGUUUGGAUUCAGGGCGUGUCGUGAUAUGGAAUCUACUACCGGUAUUAUCGGAAAAAGUUGAACAGGAUGAAAGUGUACCCAAGAUGCUAUGCCAAUUGGACAACCAUUUGGCUUGCGUAAAUUGUGUGCGUUGGUCCCCGAACGGCCAAAUGUUAGCAUCUGGGUCGGACGAUAAAUUAGUUAUGAUUUGGAAAUUGUCGAAGGGACCAAGUGGCGUGUUCGGUACCGGAGGCCUACAAAAAAAUGCUGAGUCUUGGAAGUGUAGUGCUACUCUUCGUGGACACUCUGGGGACGUGCUAGACCUAGCGUGGUCUCCUAAUGAACGCUGGCUUGCUAGUUGCAGUAUUGAUAACACCAUCAUAAUCUGGGAUGUACAGUCAUUUCCUAACAUGGUAACCACGUUACGUGGACACUCUGGUUUGGUUAAAGGCGUUGCGUGGGAUCCGUUAGGAAAGUUUUUAGCAAGUCAAAGUGAUGAUCGAAGUGUUAAAAUGUGGAAAACGAGUGAUUGGAGUUGUAGCAGUACAAUCACCGAACCAUUUAAAGGAUGUGGUGGUACGACACACAUACUACGCCUCUCUUGGUCUCCAGAUGGCCUUUACUUGGUGUCGGCGCAUGCUAUGAAUGGUGGUGGUCCAACAGCACGUAUUAUAGAAAGAGAAGGCUGGAAAUGUGACAAAGAUUUUGUAGGCCAUAGGAAAGCUGUUACAUGUGUAAGAUUUCACGACACUGUUUUGACAAGACUUGCAUCCAACGCAGAUAGAAAGUUACAAUAUUGCUGCAUGGCAAUGGGCUCAAGAGAUAGAUCUCUCUCUGUAUGGAUGACAGCACUGAACCGUCCAUUGGUUGUUAUACAUGAUCUUUUUAGUGACAGCAUUUUAGACUUAUCUUGGGGUCCAGCUAAAUGUAUUUUAAUGGCUUGUAGCGGCGAUGGUACUGUAGCUUGCCUACAAUUUUCCGAAACCGAAUUGGGCACUCCAGUUUCAGAUGAAGAGAAGAACUCAUUGUUUCAAAAAACAUACGGAAAAAGUGUAACCCUUGAAAAUGGUUCAACUGGUGCUGCAGACAUACUCAUUGAAAAUCCAGAACUUCUGGUGGAUACUGUUGAAAAGCCCAAGCCUCCCACACUGCCAUCAGCUGAAUCAAGUAGCCAAAAACUCACCUUAACACAACCAACCGUAUCUUCGGCUAAAUCAAAUGAUCACAGCGACUUUACUGCCACCAUGUUAAAUUCAAGCGGAAGCGAAGAACGCACAAGCAAUUUUAACUCCCUUAGAAAACAAACUGAGACACGAACUGCUGACGGAAAACGACGCAUUACCCCAGUCUUUGUGGCACUCAAUCAAGACGUGUGUGUAUCGGACCUCAAUCCAUUACCGCCAACUGUUCACUCCUGGAAUUCGAACAGCACACCAACAACACUAGAUAUGGAUAUAACUAAACAAGUUGAUCUACCAGUCACAUCAUUUGCAAAACCUAUGAUAACGGAAGCGCAAGAAAUAUCGUUGGAUGCCCGGCUUAUAAAGACAACGUCAUCAUCCUCUAAACUGCAGCCGUUAAAAACAGAUAAUAGUACAGUAAAGACAUUUCCCGUAAUUGUUAUUCCAAAAUCAGCUUCAAAUUCUAUCAGUGUAAUGACUACAACAAAUAGUUCGCUAGUUGGAGGUAUUAAGCCAUAUCAAGCCUCUACCACUGGUCCCAAAUUGAUUAUAAAUCAUAAUACAAAAUGCGAAUUCCAAAAAACCGCACUAGAUCAUAGGGUUCAUAUUCAUAACGGGUAUUUGAGUACGGGAAGCGGACUAUUGGCAAAAGUGACUACUUACAACAUAACAAGGCCGACUCAAAUAGAAAAGCUUUGGGAAAUUUUAAUAGGCUCACCAAUAGUGAAUUUAAACUUUUGCAAUAAGUAUGUUAUGCUGUGCUGUUUGGAUGGCACGUUACGUUUGGUCGAUAUCAGUACCGGUAAAGCCAUACUACCGGUUAUGGGUUUAAGUACUGCCGCAGUUCAAUGUGCUUUUUGUCCCAGUAGUCGUCUAGUAGGUGUUGUUACAGACUGUGGCAUCGUGCGAAUUUGGCACAUUGAGGAACGUCGUAUAUUUUUAGCUACUACUUGUAAUGAGAUUGCAACAGGAAAACUCGGAACAGUUGUGCAGUUUAAUAUCACUGAAGACGGUGUACCUAUGGUAUUAUUUUCUAAUGGCAACGCUUAUUCCUAUUCUGAGCAAUUGAAAUCGUGGCUUGUACUCAGCACUAAAGAUCCCAUAAUUCGACAUGGUCUUCAAACAACGAUUCCCAAAGAUUUUCAGAAAAAUCUUAUCUCCUUUCCACUUAUCUCAACGCAAGCGUCCACAAACACAUUUUCCGCGAUGAGCACAUCAAUGGACAUAAAUUUAAAUGACUGGCAAUCAAGUGCUAAACUUAGUUUUAUCGAGAACCAGAUUAUGCUUUCGGAAGCCAUAAAAUCACCCAACGAAUUAUUAUUCUGGUACAACAUGUACGCAUAUCAGUUGGCAUUAAGCGGUACUGAGCAACAUUUGCGACUACUGCUGGAUGAUUUGCUUGGCCCAUCUCCACGUAAUACUUCUAACGACCAUAAAAUUCUGUCGGUAUCAAAGCAUCAAUUGUUGCAGAACGUGCUGAAUGUACUUAAGACGCAUAUAAAAUGGCAGCGUUUGUAUAUGGAAUAUAAUGAGCUGUUUGAAUUUUGUUCCAAGUCAAAUGUAAUCGAUGCUCAUAUCGAGAUGGUGGAUCGACAUAAUAGUAAGGAAACAGGCACAGAUACAGCUGCUGCUAAUGAAGAAGAAAAUGGUAUUCCAAAAUAGGCUCUGCGAUGCCUGCGUUAUUAAUUUCUAUAAAAGUAUGACUGCCAGGUACUAAACGGUUGUAAAAUUGUUGUUCUACAAAAUUGGCAUGUUGGCGUUAUUACGGAUAUGUAUAAAAACAUAAUUUGUAAAGAAAUACAAUUAGAUAUACAUAUGUUCAU